AUGGAUUGGAUGAUCAAGUUUAUGAAUGUUGGAAAAAAGCAAGAAGCCUGUCUUAAAAUACUUCACGAUUUUGGAAAUAAGGUAAUAGAAGAGCGGCGAAAGUAUCAUAAAGCACAUAAAGGUUUAUCUUUUGAUGAUUAUGUUAAUAAUAUCGAUGAUACUGGCAAGGAAUCUAAGGGACCACGUAAGAGAUUAGCUAUGCUGGACCUUUUGUUAGCAGCUGAAGACGAUGGUUUAAUAGACGACCAAGGCAUCAAAGAAGAAGUUAAUACUUUUAUAGCAGCAGGUUACGAUACCACUUCAACAGCAUUGACGUUUAUUUUAACGUUACUAGCAGAAAACCAGGAGAUCCAGAAAGAAGCUAGAGCUGAGGCGAUAGAGGUUAUGGAUUUGUGCCAUGGCAAUAUGUCUGUGAGCGACGUUCAAAAUCUUCAUUACAUCGAAAGAU